AUGUCCUCCAACAUCCUCUUGCCUUCCCACUUCGGUGCCCCCUUCGUCACUGCCCUUCCAGAAGUCAGAUACGACAGCAAAGGGCGCCAGUUGGGCUUCGUAGAGUCAGAUGUCCAGCGUCUCGAACGCAUCGCGUUUAUAAAUGCAUCCAAGUCGCGCAGCAGCUCCCCUACUCAGAGUCCCCGUUCGUCGGGCGCGUCUUCUCCAUCGCGCAUGAAACUAAUUUCGGAACCAUACGGAGAUCCCAUUGAGCUCAUGGCUAACCGCCUUGCCGAGGAAUUUAUGCUUUCCUCAGACGAAUUCUCUUCAUCCGACGAAGAGCCCUUCGUCCUCUAUUCUACAUCACCGUCAUCUUCUCGCAAGGUCCCUGCGGUGUCUUCAUCUCGCCCGUCUUCAUCUCGCAAAGCACCGUCCCCAUCCGCGUUUCAGCCAGGACACAGGCGAAAGAGGUCUUCUCUCUCAUCAAUCCCUGAGGAAGACUAA